GUUAUUCAUUCCAAAAGGUAAAAUUUAAUUCAGUUUUUUCACGCGCUGGUCGAGCGUGGUUGUUUGUGCUAUUUAGCUAUGAUGAGCGGCCGCGACCUCUCUCCGUGAUAACUCCACAGUGAUUGUAAAUUUGUCAUUGUUGUUCUAGUGCAUAUUGUGAUCAGUUUGUGUUUAGAAAUGGCUCGUUUAACGGAGGAGAUGGUGAUCGCUAGAUCAAAGCAAUCGGAUUUGUCUUCCAUAAAGAAACUCAACUGCUGGGGCGCCGAGCUCGGCGACGUCAGUUUGCUGCGACGGAUGCCCAACGUCGAGGUGCUGGCGUUCAGCAUCAACAAGAUCCGCACGCUGGUGGACUUCGCGGGCUGCCGGCGCCUGCGCGAGCUGUACGUGCGCAAGAACGAGAUCCGCGACCUGGCGGAGAUCCGCCACCUGCGCCGCCUGCCCGACCUCACCAGCCUGUGGCUCGACGAGAACCCGUGCACGGCGCACCCCGAGUACCGAAUGACGGUACUGAAAAACCUCCCAAAUCUCGAGAAGCUGGACAACGUCGUCGUGCAUCCCGAGGAAGUGCAAGAGGCGGUCAGGAAGGGAGCGCACAUACCAGAUUCUGACGACGAAGGCUAUCCACAGCAACAGGAGUCGUUCAGCCAGUACCGCCGCCAGCGCUCGUGCGACUCCAGCCCGGAGCGGGACGAGCCGUGCCGCGCGCUCCGCCACGACCAGGGCAGCGACGGCUCGGCCGAGCCCGACCCCGCCGCGGAGCCCCCGCGCUCUCCGCCGCAGCCCCAGAGCGCCGCGUCCCCGCGCCGCGCGUCGCCCGACGCGGACGAGCGCUACGAGAGGUUCGAGCACCCCGCCGCGCCCCCCGCCAUGACCGCCUCGCACUACGAGCCCCGCGGGCCGCGCUCCCCGGACUCGUCCAUGCGGCACUCCGUGUCGGCGCACAGCGUGAAGGACUACUCCUACCCGCUCGACGGCGACUGGCGCCACCCGCUGCCCUCGCCGCACCACGACCCCUGCGAGCGCGACAGGAGCGAGAGUUACUCGGUGCGCGGCGAGUGGGAGCGGGACAGAGAGGGUGCGCGGGACGGCGCGCGCGAGCGGGACAGGGAGUACCCGUCGGCCGUCAUGGCGGAGCACCGCGGCUUCACGCGGCGGCCCGUGGCGCGGAACUCCAACCUGCUGUCGGCCGUGCUGUGCCUGGUGAAGGAGCUAGACUACCCCAGCCUCGAGGUCGCGGAGAUGGCCGUCAGAUGUCGAAUGGAUGAACUCGCCAACACUCACUGACAGCGAGCCGACGCCGACACGUAGCCGGCCUCGGAACACCUGUGUAGCACUCCCCCCGCACUCCCCCCGCACCCCGCCAGUGCCCCGACAGUACCGCGAAAGACGCUCUGGAUACAAACGAUAACAUCUUUUAUUGAUAACGCUAUAAAAUUCAUUUUACCAUUCGAGCACUCUGCCCAUACGUCCAACCGAAGCAUGAACAACAUUCCAGGGAGGCAGCCAAAUAAAAACGGUAGUAUGUCGUACAGUGCUAUUGCAAUAGAGUAUUUACCUCUUUUCGCUCUGCCCAAAGCUUUGACAAUACUGCUCGGAAUGACUAUAAAUAUAGAUAGAGUACUUUUUAAAGUAAACCAGAGUGGGGACAGUUUGCGGUUAUCCAUAUUUAGGAUAGAAAGAAAGUACGUUAAAUUCUAAAGUUUUUAUUUUGUGAACGUAUAAUUUUAGAACUAUAUCGUAUUAAUAUACCUUUAUUUUGAUUAAAAGUUGGAACGAAACGUAUAACCUGAAAUAGAAAAGCUUAUUAAAUAAUCGUCAUACAAAUAACAUUAGUACAGAUGUUUUUAUAACUAAAGUGGUAUUUGCCGUGAGGAGUAUUUGCAAGCGGAAUUUAAGCGAAAAGAAAUCUAACCAGUAACAAAAUAUAGGUGAUUUCGAUUGAAGUGGAGUUUACGAACUAAAAGUGUUAGUGAAUGAUGUAUCAUUUCGUCCUUAUCACACAAAUCUAAUAGUUAUAUUAUGUGAGAGAGAUAGAAAAUGUGAUUAAUGAAUUGAAUGUUUUUAGUAUAAAGCAUGACUUUAAAUUGUUAGUUAUGUACAUUGAUGGCGCGUUGGAACAAAUGUUUGGCAUACGAGUGUGGCCAAGUGGUGUUAGUUAUAGAAUAUAGAAACUAAUAUUGGCCUCAAAAAAUAACAUUAGUAUAGAUGAUAAAACGCUAAAUUGAGCAAUAUUUUGACGGUCUUCACCGGGGGUGAUUGGGGAUCUCGGAACGAUGUUUUAACGUGGCUUGCGGUAGGAGCUAAAAAUCGUCACGUAAGGAUAAAGCAUUAUACCCCCACCGUGCAGGUGGGUCGGUUUAAGCGAGUAAUUGUUAUGUGAUGGCCGCUAUAUUUGAUAACAUCAUGUUUAAAUUAAUGUGACUUUUCCCAUGUUCAAAGUAGUUUAUUUUUAUACAUUUCGAUGCACAAAUUGACCCGAUUGAUGAGAUGUAGUCUGACUAUGUCACUGUUAAAACUAUUAAACUAAUGCCCCUUAUUAAAACCUAAUUACUGACUGUACGUUUUAGUUUAUUUGUUCAGAUUGCAUAAGCUAAUCAACGAAAUUAAAAACUUAGUCAGUCAGUGGAAGUGAAAUUACAGACCUUCCUGACCGCACACGUUUUUAGAGACAUUUGUCCAAUAGGAUCGCUUAGUUUGCGCGUCUAACUUUUCAUUAUCGUGAACUGAAUGAAUAUAGUCCUAGUCCUAUAUGAGUCCGUCCUAGACACUAGGUUAAGUUGCGAAUGGACCAAUUCUUGUUUUGCCCAAUGAUUCCAAAUAACGAUUCGUUUGUAGUUUAAAAUCUACGUAACAUUGAUAAAAAUCAAAUAAAGCACUGUUAAAGUACGGUCAAAUUUGCGUAUGGUCCUACAUUCACUAAGAUAAUUUAUUUUGAUCGAGCUGGAGGUUUUGAGGGAGGGAGAGGUUUUGGGUGUUACGUUUCGAUGUUACGAGUGGACCUUCUUCGAAAUGGCACAACACCGUCUUGGGUCAUGCGCGAAUUGACCCUCGUGAAUGUAAUUGGACCAUUCCGGCUUACGAAGCGUGAUAAGCAAUUGCUGACAUCCCCGGUAGACCGACAGUUAAUUAUUGUUGGCUUAUAUUAAACGUAACAUUAUAUGCUUUAAAUGCAAAUCAAAUCAAAAUUCUUUAUUGCCAAUUUGGGUGGUUUGUAUACAGAUGAAUAGAGGAGAAACACUGAUAUGUACAGCCCAAUUCAAUAUUCCAAAUAUUCACGUGUAUUAAUGCAUUAAUAGUACUCGUGUGGGCGAUGGGCGAAAGGGUAUAUGCAUUUCAUAAAAUUAAAUUCGUGAUAUACUUAAAAAAUAAGUAAAACACGAAGUAAACAGCUGUGAAAUAUUAUACAUAUAUAUAAUACGGACGGACCGUCACACAAAAUUUUUGCAUCCAAGUGAACGCAUAAUAUUUAACUUUGCUUGGUGAACUGAAAAGCGUUUUAAUUGACUACGAAUGAUUCAUAUUUCCAAUCGGUAAACAUGUCUUAUUAUAGUUACAAUCUUUCAAUUACUUUUUAAUGUAAAGGCCGUUUAGAAAAUGUUAAAAAUAAAAGAAUAAAUUCAUAAAAAAUAUCUCUUUUUAUUUUGUUCUAUUCAUUUCAACACAUUUAUUUUCUAAAACACACUUUGCACUGAAAAGUAAUGAAGAGAUUGUUUAAAUAAAAAGCCAAGUUAGAAUGAAAAAAUAGAGUGAGUAUACUCUAUUUUUUUCAUUCGAGUUUUGUAACACAAGAAAAUGAUUUUCAGUUAUAGGUUCGAGAACUUUGCUGUUCGGAUUUUUUUAUUAUUUAUUAUUAUAUUAUAUUAAGUUUUUAUAAUUAAUUUAAAAUUGUUGGCAUAUACUAUUAAUGCUUUACUUUAUAUCAAUAAAUCGGUUAUAUCUUUUGUAUUAUAAAUUAAUGAUUGUUUAUAAAGAUUUAGCAUGCUGUUAAUAUGAUGAUUUACGUUACGUUAUUUUACGUUAACAAAAUAUAAUGCUGAUGGUAUGCAAGUGAUUGAAUCACAGGCAUGUGCUUUAAAUUGAACUUUUUUACACUUAUCCAAUAGAUAAGGUUUAAUACAACUAUUUCAUGAGCAUGUAACUUGUUUUAAGGAUAUCCCGGGUGGAUAUGGGAUAAUAAAUUUUUUUUAUCGUUGUACAACGGAAUCUAUCACAGUGAAUAAUAAAUGUUACAAUAUAAGAAAUUUAAAUAUGAUUCUAUCAUACAUCAUAACAUUGCAUAUGACUUGCUUUUAAGUUGUUUAUUUUGUUAAACAACUUCAAAAAGAACAUAAAUAUUUUCUACAACAUUUUUAAGUAGGUGCCAAUUGAAAUGUAUAAAUAACUAGGUAUAAACACCAAUUUGUUCAAAAUAUUUAUUUCUUGAUUUUUAUUUUGAAUUCCAUGAUAUAUUAUGAAAAUUAAGCUUAAUUUUCUGUAGUGUGCAAAAAGCAGGAGAAUCGUAGUAAGUAUUGUGUCAUUUAUACUCCACACCGAACAGAUCGUUGGCUGUUGACUUUACGUUGUUCGUUGUGAUUCUUCACAGAUUCGUAAUGGACGGGUUUUUAAAUUGCAUAUACAUGUUAUUUAAAAACAUUUAUUCGAUUCUAUUAUAUUUAAAAACUCAUUAUUUUGAAAAUUUUAUAUGAAACUUAAUGUUUUUCCUAAUUCUAUGAUAUUUUAUUGUGAUUUUGGGUGCAAUUUGAAUGGAUGUACAGAACUCAUCGUUUCCUUGUUCGUAUUACGGAGUUAUUGCGUAACAUGCAGACAUACAGACUGCUGGAAAACCAAACUAUAGCUGCACAUCAAAUACUCUAAAUACUUUCCGCGGCCAAGGCGCCGCUAUACGCGAAUGCAGAUGGUAGAAUCGCUUUAAUAAACAAAUCUUUACCACAGCUCGUUCAUUGGUUAAGGGUCAGGGUGUCGGUCCGCAGACCUCACUACA